UUGCGAACAAAGGUUAGUUUGGUGAGAAAAUUGUUUGCAUUGCCCAGUUUAUGCGAAUCGUCUGUUUUAUCUCACUACUAAAUAAAUUUGUUGCAGAAUUUUAUUUUAUUUUAAAAUGGCGGCGAACGGCACAAAGACAAGGAAGCGUAUAUGGGUGGAUGGCUGUUUUGACAUGGUGCAUUUUGGACACGCCAAUUUGAUCAGGCAGGCCAAGGAACUUGGUGAUUAUUUAAUAGUUGGUGUUCAUUCUGAUGAAGAAAUAACAAAACAUAAAGGUCCCCCCGUGUUCAACCAAGCGGAACGAUAUGAGAUGGUUCGAGCAAUUAAGUGGGUUGACGAGGUUGUGGAAGGCGCACCAUAUUCAACAACCAUUGAAACCCUGGAUGAAUAUAAUUGCGACUUUGGUGUCCAUGGAGACGACAUCUCCGUACUAGCAGAUGGAAGCGACGCUUACAAAAUAAUUAAAGAUGCAGGACGCUACAGGGAGGUUCAACGAACGCAAGGUGUGUCGACAACUGAUGUUGUCGGAAGAAUGCUCUUACUCACCAAGACGCAUCAUAAGCGAGAGGGUGACGCUGUCCCUGAUGCAAAUCAAGUCAAAAAUAUUCAAAAGCUACAAACAAACUCAUUGAAGCGUGACCCAACCGCACACAGCCCAUGGACAGGUGUUUCACAAUUUUUAGCAACGACUCAAAAAAUCAUCCAAUUUUCAAGCGGCAAACAACCAAAUCCUGGAGAUAAAAUUGUUUACGUGGCUGGAGCCUUCGAUUGUUUCCAUCUUGGGCAUUUAAGAUUUCUUGAAAAAGCUUCAACUUUUGGUGAUUAUGUCAUAGUGGGCCUGCAUACAGACUGUGAAAUAAACAGAUACUGUGGGAGUAACUAUCCGAUUAUGAAUUUGCACGAACGAGUGUUAAGUGUAUUAGCAUGCAAGUACGUUCAUGAAGUCGUAAUUGGAGCUCCGUAUGUUGUUUCUUCUGAGAUGAUGGAUCAUUUUAAGGUGGAUAUGGUUGUCCAUGGCAACAGUCAAAUCUUUGCAGAUGAAAAAGGGAACGAUCCAUACGAGGAGCCAAAAAAACGAGGAAUGUUUGUUCUCGUCAACAGUAGCUCAAAUCUCACGACCCCAGAUAUCGUAGAGAGAAUUAUUGAACAUAGACAAAGAUAUAUCAAAAGAAAUGAAAAGAAAGAAGCGAAGGAAAUGGCAAAUUAUGAAUUAUUGCGCAAAGGCAAUUCUGUUAAUGGGCAUUCAGUGGAAUAACCUAAAUGUUUAUGUUUAGUGAAAAAUGUUGUAUUUUUAUAACAAAUUGUUUUAUGUUUCUAUAUAUUCUUCAGUGUAGUAAUAUUUAUCCUGGAAUAUUUUAAUUGACAUGUUUUAUAAUAAGAUUUAUACAUGGCGUAAACUUUUAAAGAUAAUUUUAAUUCCGAUAUUUGCAAUGUUGCACAGUGAGAGUCAUGGAUUCUUAUGUUUAUGAAGUUACCAGGUUGGCAAUGUUGAUAUCGUCUAUUUAACUCCCUUGUUUAUGCUUAGUUGUCAACUCUGUGCUGCCACCUACUGUCAGGGCUUUUAUGUAAAAUUUGUUUCAACGAUGGUUAUAGAAUUAGGUAACUAUAAGAUUUAUAGUAAUACAAUGAACCAGGUAGAA